AUGGACCACCGCCACGGACUGCCCAGGCGCCCACGCGCACCUCCUCCGAGCAUCUGCAGGGAGGACGUGUGGGCCGCUGCCCUGUGGGGCUCCAUGGUCUACGUCUCGUCGGCGUGGCUCGUGAGCAAGUGCCUGACGCCCGUGGCGGUCCGCCAGGACCUCGCGUCAUGGGAGUCCUUCCGGCGCCGGCACCGCUGGCGCAUCUUCGGAUUCGGCCUGGGGCCCGCGCUCGUGCUGCAGGCGCGGCCGGUGCUCGGCCUGGCGCUGCUGGGGUGGCUGCACCUGGCCGCCGCGGGGCUGAUGGCGGACCUGCACGCGGCAGACGGGCGGGCCGCGCCGUGCAAGCUGGGGCCGCCGGCGUGA